CCCCGGAAGCAGGGCGGCUCCUUCCCGGAAGCGGCCGGCAGCACUGCGCCGGGCCGCCAUCUUGGCUGGGAGCCGCGGUCGCGCCGCAGCGGGAGGCGCGGGGGUCGCGGCCCUGCCCGGCCCCUCCUGCCCGGCCCUGCUCGCCGCCCCCCAGCCGCUCCCGGCCUCCCUCGCUUGGCCGCUGGGCCGUCCGGGCGCUGGAGGGGGCUGCUGUAGCGAGGAGAGAUGAGCAACAACAGUAAUAAGAGAGCACCAACGACAGCAACACAGAGACUAAAACAAGACUACCUUCGAAUUAAGAAAGAUCCAGUGCCUUAUAUAUGUGCAGAACCCCUCCCAUCUAAUAUCCUUGAAUGGCACUAUGUUGUCCGGGGACCUGAAAUGACUCCCUAUGAAGGUGGCUAUUAUCAUGGGAAACUAAUAUUCCCCAGAGAAUUUCCUUUUAAACCUCCUAGUAUUUAUAUGAUUACACCUAACGGAAGGUUUAAGUGUAAUACAAGGUUAUGUCUUUCAAUCACUGAUUUCCACCCUGAUACAUGGAAUCCAGCUUGGUCAGUCUCAACGAUCUUGACGGGCCUUCUUAGUUUUAUGGUGGAGAAGGGCCCCACACUGGGCAGCAUAGAGACUUCAGAGUUCACAAAAAGACAACUCGCUGCACAAAGCUUAGCAUUUAAUUUAAAAGAUAAAGUCUUCUGUGAGCUCUUCCCUGAAGUGGUGGAGGAGAUUAAACAAAAACAGAAAGCACAAGAAGAGCUCAACAACAGACCUCCAUCCCUCCCUUUACCAGAUGUUGUCCCUGACGGGGAAGCACACUAUGGUCAGAAUGGAAUACCCCUUCUUAACGGGCAUGUUCCGCUGGCACCUGCCAAUCAUCCAGGCCUCCAGCAGGCUAAUCGUAACCAUGGACUCUUAGGUGGAGCUUUGGCGAACUUGUUUGUUAUAGUUGGUUUUGCAGCCUUUGCCUACACAGUCAAGUAUGUACUGAGAAGCAUAGCGCAAGAAUGAGGAGAAUAAAAGAAAUCCAAGACCAAAUUAGAGGUAGUUGCAGAGUGAGUGGGACUCUUUGGGCAUCUGACUUUUGACACUGGGAUAAACAUUUGUGUUACCAAGUUGCAGGUAAAACCUUGGUUGGCUCAUGGGUUCUGUUUGGGAAAUGGAGUACGUUCACUUAGUCAGAAAACUAAAAGAAGUUCUGCUCACAGAUCCUGUUGUCAAGUCAAAGCAUUAUUGAUGAAACACUAACAUUUCUAGUGCUUUGAUUUUUCUAGCACUUCUCCAUCUGUUAUUUGAGAUUUGAAAAUCUUAAGCAAAUAAGGCUUUUUACUUCAUUGAACGAUUUUUAAAAUUUAACACUUGAUGCAUAUCAUUUUAGUUUUGUUAGCAAAGAGUCUGUACAGGAUGCAAAAUGAGUCAAGUGGAGAAAACAUGGACUUGGUAAGGAUUUGGUUAAUGUGAACAUUGACUCCAGAAGAUGGCUGGUUUCUUUUUUUUUUUUUUUAAUAGAACGGACAUCAUUGCAUAUCUAGUCAGUAGUGAUUAGAUGAGUGGGAAAAUAACACCAUGUGUGUUAAAUUUGUUGUCUAAAUUAUCACAAUGUAAUUGAAGGUUUUAUUUGGGCUACAAGAAGUGCAGUUGUCAGACUUUAGGAAUGAAUAGCCAGAAAAAGUGUUUGAAUCAGUCUUUAGUGGGAAUACAGAUAUCCAGUACUGUUUUGUAUUUGUUCACUUAGGGAUUUCCAUUCUGGGAGAUUUUAAAACUGUAAUACUUUGUUUUGAUCACAAGGUGCCACUGUUGAAAAAAAUAAUAAAAAUGCACAGACCAUUGGAGAGCUGAUUGUGUAUUGAGAAAAUCUCUGGAAUUCCUGGGUAAAUGAAGUAAACCUAGCCCUUGUGAAGUUACAAAGUCAAAUGUGUCUGAAUAACAAAUGAGCUUCUUCAGCACCAGCUGAAUUAGUCUGAAGUGUCAGUAGCUGGAGUAAACCCUUCACAUUAGUUCUGCUUGCUUACUUGAAAAUUGGCCAAAAAAAGGCAAAACAAACAAAAAAACCCACAAAGCCCAAACCCUACUAAUUUAUCUGAGUUUCUAGAAGCUUUUGGCUUGUAGAUCCAAGUUCCUCUCUGUUCCCCUUCAGAUGAUUGCAAUAUUGAUGUUUGUUCAUGAGAAUACAGGGUUGUGCGUAAACACUGAAGCUGCAAAUGUAGUUUGAAAGUCUGAAGUUACUUUUUCAACUCAGUUUGCCUUUUUUUUUUCCUGCUUAGUUUUAUCUAAGUGCUUUGGUUUAUUAGAGGCAAACAUACUGUGCCUUUAAAAAUUGGCAGCGAUGUCUAGUCAUCUGGGAAGAGUGCACUCACUGUUCAUGGUACAACGAACUGUCAAAGGUGAUAGGGUAAAAAGCUCUGCCUCUAACCAUGUAGUCUUCUAGAUAUUGUGAAGAGCCCAAUAAAUAUUACCUCAUGUAUUUUAAGAAUUUUUGAAACUUUCAUUUUCCCUUUCAGACUUGUUCUCUCUCUGCUUCUCCUUGGUAUCUUGAACUGUAAGCAAAAACAUAUGGUAAACCCAUGAGCCAUGCAGCUUAGAGCAUCGAUAAAUGUGACCAAUUCUCUGCAAUAGGUAGGAAUUAUCAAAGCUAGCAGAACAGCUUUAUACUAAAAAAAUCUUAAAGCAGAUCUUACUGAGGUAAGGAAGGGAAGGAGAGGAUGGAAUGUGGAAAAGGUUGAUUUUUAAAAUGUAUUUAUAAAUCUUUGAUUUUGUGGUUUUACCAAAUCUUAUUUAUAACUAAUUUGCCUCUUGUAUGUGCUUAAUCAGCUCUUGUUAAAAGAGAAGCACCAAUUGUAUGUGUCUGUAGAAACAAUAAUGUUUUGUCAGUCUGGGGGUGUGCUGUGAAGGAAGGGGGAAUGUCAUGUCUUUCCUGUAGUGAUAGGACUUUCAAGAUGGCUUGUUGGAGUGAUUUUUUUUUUCUCAAAGCAUACGGACCUUUAGCUGAGGCUGUUCUGUCUCAUAGAUCUUAGUAUUAGUCAAACAUGUUUGUGUUCUCACAAUGCCUUUUUUUAACCGUUGACGUCGCCUACAGACAAAAGCUUAUAAAUGGUUAUCUAUGUUUAUCUUAUGGAAGGUCUUUUGUCCACAUAACUGAAGACAAAGGCAAGGAGACCUCGGGCAUGGUGUCUUUGCAUCUUUUGUGAAAUGUACUUAGCCAAGGUAAAAGAACUAGUAAAAUGAGAGAUGUUGAUUUCUUACAACACAGCUUAUUAUGCGGCAAGAAGUUGGCCUUAAACUACACCUGAGCAUCUGAAGGUGGGUCUCUUUAAUAAGUGCCACAAUUGGAAACAAAAACUUUGGUCAAACCCUGGAGAUGCUGCAUUUUUUAUGAGAAUUGGCUGUAUUUAAAAACAACUAUAUAAAACCCAAACCUUACCUUCCAAAUGCAGCUUCUCUUCAGUACCCUGGAUUCAGAGAGAGACUUGACAGUUCCUGGCUUUCAACAAAUGGCACCCAGUAGCUGACUGACCCCUUGCACCUAUGGCUUUACAAGAUUUCAAUACAUGUCCUUGCUCCUUGCCUUUGGUAACAGAAGAUUUAUUCCCUUUUGUGUAGUUUAUGAUGUUUUGUGUUUUUUUUUUAAAGCGUUUAUAAUAGUAUGCGGUAUCUGAUCUUUUUGUUACCAAAGUCAGUAGAUGGAGUAGACCAUUCUUUGCCAUGCAAAAAUGUUAUCAUGCCCUGAAGCAGUGCAUUACUUAAUAUAAUGAAACUAAAAGCUGUCCCUCAGUAUAUGACACCAGAACAAAUGUCUGGCCCUUCACUUUCAUGCUGCAAUUUCAUAGAUUUCUGUAAGAUUGUUCUACACAGACGAUAGGGAUUUUUUGCAACUUGAAUCGUAAGACAUCUCAAUGGUAGCCUUUAAAGAUCUCAUGACUAAAAAUCCUGGAUUUGUGUGUAGUCUUAACUUUUUUCCCCCCUCAAGAUUCCAAGGUCACAGAAAUUACCUCACUUCAAGCAUGUACUGAGGAGUAGAAAUGACUGCAUUGUAAAGUUGUUUGUUCAUAAUAAACAUUCAUGACAAAAUGUGAA